AUGAGCAUUUGGGUAGUUGCAUACAUCGCAAUAUUGAAUCGUCUGGUCUCCAAUUUGCUUUGUAAUUGGAGGUUCGCAAUUACCGCUAUUAUCAACGCAAAAUCUAUAUCCGAGAAGACAAGUCUUUGGCUGCUUAUAACAUGCGUUUGGCUGGGGCGUAAACGCAGAGGCCAUAGUAGCGAAAGCAAAAAGAGUAUAGAUGUAAUACAUCUUAGUAGUUGUAUAAUAAAAAGGAUUUGA